GGGGGGGGAGGUAAACAAAAUGGCGGCGGCGUGUUAGCUGCGGCGGCAGGAAGGCGAGGAAAGGGCGAGGCGGCUUGACGUAGUGACAGGAGGGGGUCGUCCAGGCGAGCAGGCCGCCCUACAGCCGACCCCGGGAGAACCCCAGGGUCGUUCUCAUUUCCUCGCCAGGCCCAGCGGGGAGGGCCCCAAGGAAAGGCACCACAGCAGCAGCACCCUGCUUCAGCUCAGGGCUCGGGCCUCCCUUUUGAAAGGGGGGGGGGUAAAGGUGUAGCUGAGGCAAGAAGCAGCAGGCGGCUUAUUUAUUUACGAGUCGGGAGGGGGGGGUCUCCCACUUUGGAGAGGGGGGGCCGUGUUAGCGUGUGUGGAGGAGGAGGCACAACUUCUAUUUAUUAUCGCUGCUUCUUGGCGGGGGGGGGAAGGUUAGGUUAGUCUAUUGGAGGGUGUUAAUGGGCGUUUACAGUGGGCUGCUUCUGUGUAAGGAGAGGAUAGACGAUUAAGGAUGUCUGUUGACUGCUUUAACUAGGGUUUUUGGUGCCAGAGUUUAGCGAAGGAAGUUUGGGGGGCUCUUAUUAGCUGAGCCCCUUUUUUGGGAAGUGGCCUGCCAAGAAGUGAUUCUUUGAGAAGGAAGGGUCAUCUCUGUCCUCUGCUGUUGGUUUUUUCCCCUUCUUCUGCCCAUUGGGUACAGCUGCUGUCCUUCCAUUCUUCUCCUUAUGGAAUGGGAGCUCAACCCCUCUAUCUGUUCCCCCGCUCUAGUUGCUAAAGAUCUCAUUUUGUUUGGUGGGGAAGGGGCUGGCACCUUUCUCCUUACUUUUGCUGUGUAGGGUCUGCGAGUGCACUUGUGGAGUUCGUGAGCAGGCACCUUUUCAGUAUCACUAAGAUUCUCCUUGCCAACCAAAAAAGUAGCAGAAGGGGCCGUUCUGUCCAGUGUGAUGUCAUGGAGUGGUAAGGGCAUCCCUUGACGAGUUGAGGUGUGUGGUUGCCAAAUGGUGAGGUCGCCUCCUUCUUCUCUUAACAUUGGAGAGAAGGAGUCUUAACUCAAUCCCUUAUUUUUAUAGGUUUUGUAGGAAAAACUUGGUUACUCAGGAAGAGGAGGGGACUGAGAGUGAAACAGUCAGAUCACCUGUCCAGAUUUUUCCUUCUUGUUAGGCGUUGUUCUUUGAGUGCUAGGUUGAAGAAGAGCACGGUUGCCUGUAAAAGAAAGAGCCCAGUUUCUUUAAUUCUUUCCCACGCUUUUGCUAAGAAUAACUUUGCUUUGACUUUGUGUAUUUUGGAACACAGUGUUGUUUUCCACUGUUGAAAUGGUAAGGAGUUACGUGUGGAGAGGUGUGUUUAGAAACGGGCUUUACUUUCAUUAGCUGGGCUUAUUGGGUGAAACCUUUUCUGGAAAUUCUUAGAACUGCUGAAAGAUGAGGUUAUUUUUCAAGGGUAGUAGUCUGUGAUUUUUUUAAGAUAAGUAUAUUUGGGGAUUGGUGUAAAAAGUGUGCCUUGUGAGAAGUUUGUUUGCACCUGUCACAAUUUCUGGUCUUUAGUUGUGCGAGACCUAAGUAGGGUUUUAAUUGCUUGCCUGCCUGCCUUAAUACCUGAAGCAGUGGGGUGACACAUCAUGUGUCAAGUAGACCCCAGGUGGUUGAAGGAUGCCCCUGAAAGUGCUUACUAGACACGGCAGGCCUCGGACCUUUGUGAAAGGUGAAAGAGAAGCAGCUAAAAUCAGUAUUGAAAAUUCCUUCAAAGAGACUUGGUUCCAGCUUCCCAACGGCUGAGAGGAUCUGUGACGGAGGUCAUACCUGGGUGGUUAGAGUGGUGGAGAGGGCCCUGGAUUCUGAAGUUCACAGUUUGGAAUUGGGAUCCGCUGUGACCUGCUAGUAAUGGAAAGUCCCUAAAGAGAUCCUGGAUGUUGUUUUGAUUUCAAACCCUGGAAGUCUUUCGAAGAUGACUUAAAGUUUGAUGAACCCAAAAAGUUUGGACUUGCUAAGGAAAACAGCUGGUCAGAAAGACUUGGAGCAGCGGGAGAAGACCAAAAAAUUGAAAGCAGCUUAGGUGAUUUUCCUUCUUCCCCAUCCCUUUUAAAAGAGGCACUAUUGAAUCAGGUGAAUGGGCUUGGGUUGACAUCUGACAGGCUUUUAUUUUACAUUUCAACUUAAAACGUUCGUACAAUCUUCUGGAGAAUUCCCACUUACCUCUACUGAUCCUCAUUUUACCCGCCUCCCCAAAUAAAUUGGAAUAAAGGGAGCAUUUUUUUAAAAAAUCAGAAACUGGAUUUGCGAGCCUUUGGGGCCACCUUUUUGAAGCUGGUGAUUGUAUUGAGGGGAAACAGCAGGCUUGCACGGUCGAUUUCAAGAUGGAUCUGGAGGAACCUCAGCAGCUGGGCAUGUUUGUCGAGAGUGAACUGAUGUCGGUGGGAAUGGACACUUUCAUCCAUCGCAUUGACUCGACCGAAGUAAUUUAUCAGCCCCGCCGGAAGCGGGCCAAGCUGAUAGGAAAAUACCUGAUGGGGGACUUGCUUGGUGAAGGGUCUUACGGCAAGGUGAAGGAGAUGCUGGACUCUGAAACCCUCUGUAGGAGAGCAGUCAAAAUCCUGAAGAAGAAGAAGCUGCGUCGGAUCCCCAAUGGGGAAGCGAAUGUUAAAAAGGAAAUACAACUCCUACGGCGGUUGCGGCACAAAAAUGUCAUCCAGCUGGUCGACGUGUUGUACAACGAGGAGAAGCAGAAGAUGUAUAUGGUGAUGGAGUAUUGUGUAUGUGGCAUGCAGGAGAUGUUGGACAGUGUCCCGGAUAAAAAGUUUCCAGUCUUUCAAGCGCACGGGUACUUUUGUCAACUUAUAGAUGGUUUGGAGUACCUGCACAGCCAAGGGAUUGUUCACAAAGACAUCAAACCAGGGAACCUCUUGCUAACGACUGACGGGACGCUGAAGAUAUCCGAUCUGGGUGUGGCAGAGGCAUUGCAUCCGUUUGCAGACGACGACAUGUGCAGGACAAGUCAGGGGUCGCCAGCUUUCCAGCCUCCAGAAAUCGCCAAUGGCCUUGAUACCUUUUCUGGCUUCAAAGUGGACAUUUGGUCAGCAGGGGUCACUCUAUACAACAUUACGACUGGCCUUUAUCCGUUUGAGGGGGAUAAUAUUUAUAAGUUAUUUGAAAACAUUGGGAAAGGGGACUACACAAUUCCUGAAGAUUGUGGUCCUCCACUGUCAGAUCUACUUAGAGGAAUGCUUGAAUACGAUCCAGCCAAGAGGUUUUCAAUACAGCAGAUAAGACACCACAACUGGUUUCGAAAAAAGCACCCACAGUCUGAGCCUCUGGUCCCCAUCCCUCCCAGCCCGGAGACCAAGGACAAGUGGAGGAGCAUGACAGUGGUCCCUUACCUGGAAGACCUGCACGGCUACCAUGAGGAGGAGGAGGAAGAGGACUUGAAAGAGGACUACUUGGAGGACGAGAUCAUUUAUACUCAGGACUUCCCAGUACCAGGACAGGUGCCCGAGGAAGACGCCAGGCAAAACGGGCAGAGCCGCAGCAGGGGGCUGCCCAAGCCGGUGUGCAUGAACGGAACAGAGCCUGGGCAGCUGAGCGGCAAAACGAAAGGCGAGAGGCGGGCCAGUGCCUCCUCCAACCCCUCCCGCAAAGCUGCCUCCACCAGCAGCAAGAUCCGCAAACUUUCGACCUGCAAACAGCAGUGACUCAGGGGUACUCACCCACCACAGCUGGCCCCACGCUGUCUGCUCUCCUCAGCUGCCACCGUCCUCGUCUCCAUCUCUCUGCCAGUAGGGGAUGAUCAGUAGAACACGCUUGCAAUCAAAAGUUUAAAAGACCCAACCGAGGGAAUCCAGAUGUCGGCUCCGUCCCCCUUCGCCACCUUCAGCCAAUCUUGCGCUCACAGGAGAAUUCAAUCGUCCUCCUCUCGGGUGGAAGCCCCUCUCCUCCCUGGCACCAUUCGGCCAGCCAAUACCUGGACUUGUUCUGUGGGGGUGCAGUAGGCAAGGAGGGGUGGGGUUAUCCCAUGGGCAAGGGUGAAGCUGGGGGGGGGGGGGGCAAGAGCCCUUUAUCCCCGCCACAUCCCAUCUUCCCCCUCCGUGUGUUAGAAGUUUUUUCGCAAGCCAUCGCCAAGCACUUUACGUAGUAGACUACUGUUAUAUAUUAUAUAUUAUAUAUUUUUUUUCCUUUCUCUCCCCCCCUCCCUCUUUUGUUGUUGUUUAUAUUUGCGGUAUAUUUAGAGAUUUCCUUACACAUUUGUGAUGUGUUUGAAAAUUGGGGGGUGGGAGAUGAAAUUGAUAGGUGGGGGUCUCGAGGAAUAAAACCGGUAUUGAAAAUGAACGAACCCGCAGCGCUCCGUUAAAAACAAAAUCUGCAUGCUGUCCCGAGGGCCGGAGAAAAGGGAAAUGGGUGCUCUUUUUUUCUUUUUCUUUUUUUUUUAAAGGAAAAUAAACUUAAAAUGGA